GCCCCCCGCUUACUCCGCAAGGACUCCCCCUCUCCCGGGUCAUUCGGGCAGCGGGACUUCCCAGCCGUGGCCAGGAAGUCACUUUGACGCCCAAGCCGGUUCCCCUCCCGCCUCCCCCGGGGACGCGUGAGCAGCGCGGGGAGGCGCGGCAGGGGCGGGCACAGGCGAUCCGGCUCGGCCGCGGGUAGAGGCAGAGGAGGCGAGGGCAGGCGCCGCCGGCGGAGCAGGGGAAGCCGGCGAGAGCAGCGGCCGGUGUCCGCGGGCGGCGAGGCGGUGACGGCGGCGGGCGGCGCGAGGAGCCCCUGUGAUUGGCACAGCCCGAGCCGGAGGAGGCGGCGAGGGGAGGGCGGAGGAGGAGGAGGAGGAGGAAGGGGGCGAGCGCAGCGGAGGCGGCAGCGAGGAGCUGUGUUUCCACCUCUCCAACCCCGGCAGGACUGGGGCGGCCGCCGCGGGCCAGGGGUGGGGACAGCGCCGAGCUCCGCCGCGCGCACCCCCGCCGGGCCGCGGUCCUGACCCCCGGGGCGAGCGGGAAAGCGGCGGCGGCGGCGGGAGCAGGAUGCAGGGGAAGAAGCCGGGCGGCUCGUCGGGCGGCGGCCGGAGCGGCGAGCUGCAGGGGGACGAGGCUCAGAGGAACAAGAAGAAGAAAAAGAAGGUGUCCUGCUUCUCCAACAUCAAAAUCUUCCUGGUGUCCGAGUGCGCCCUGAUGCUGGCGCAGGGCACGGUGGGCGCCUACCUGGUGAGCGUGCUGACCACCCUGGAGCGGAGGUUCAACCUGCAGAGCGCCGACGUGGGUGUGAUCGCCAGCAGCUUCGAGAUCGGCAACCUGGCGCUCAUCCUCUUCGUCAGCUACUUCGGGGCACGGGGGCACCGGCCGCGCCUCAUCGGCUGCGGGGGCAUCGUCAUGGCCCUGGGGGCGCUGCUGUCCGCCUUGCCCGAGUUCCUGACCCACCAGUACAAGUACGAGGCCGGCGAGAUCCUCUGGGGCGCCGAGGGCCGCGACGUCUGCGCCGCCAAUGGCACAGCCAGCGACCAGGGGCCCGAUCCUGACCUCAUCUGCCGCAACCGGACCACCACCAACAUGAUGUACCUGCUGCUGAUUGGGGCCCAGGUGCUCCUGGGCAUCGGUGCUACCCCCGUGCAGCCCCUGGGCGUCUCCUACAUCGACGACCACGUGCGGAGGAAGGACUCCUCGCUCUAUAUAGGAAUCCUGUUCACCAUGCUGGUGUUUGGACCCGCCUGCGGGUUCAUCCUGGGCUCCUUCUGUACCAAAAUCUACGUGGACGCUGUGUUCAUUGAUACAAGUAAGAGACACCCCUCGGUUUCCGAGCGCCGUCACAAGCCUCCCCCUGCCUGGGCCUGGGAACGGAGCG